UCCUGAUGUUUGACAGCAAACGCCAUGCCUGAAAUUGUAAAUAAAAUUGUUUAUUUGGUUACGAGAAUCACAAAAUUAAAGUGAUGUACCUAUCCGUAAAAAUUCAAGGAUUAAAAUAGCGUGUAAUGGAAUAAGCUCAAAAUUGUGAUGAUAAUGAGAAACUCAUAAAAUAUUCUUCACAUUUAUUUUCUUCAUAUCAUCGGAAUAAGUUUCUUUCCGCACGUAUAGAAAGAGAAUUGUUUUUUUCUAUUUAAAACUCAGGAUGACGACGUUAAAAGGCAUUUUUCCUGAUCCUAAACCGUCGAGAAGAAAAAAUUUUAUUCAAGAAAAUGUUAAGAGUUUACGCAAAAUGGAGCAGUAUUUUCAUAAUAAAAAUAUAGAGGAUUUAAAAAAUCUUCAUCUUCAUAAACAACAGAAAGCUGUGAAUAAAUACCAAAAUGUCACAUCAAAAGUAAACAGUACUUUUAAAGUUGGAGAAGUGACGGGAAAUAAAUCGUAUUCAAAUUUACAGGGUGGAAGUAAAACAGAAAAAUUUUCGAGUUCGUGUAAAAAAUUAAAUGGUGGAGAUGUUUUUUGUAAGGAUGCAAGUUUCUCUUCUUCAAAAAAAUUAUCAAAAUCACACGAAAUGUAUAAUUCAAUGCCACAAGGAAUUGGCAAACUUCGCCAAGUACAAAGAGUUCCUAUUAGAAAAAAUAAGUUUAAAUCAAAUGAAAAUAUUGUACAGAGUCAAUUUGAAAAUAGUGAAAUUAAAAAAAAUGAUGUGAAAUUGAGAAAUCAGGGUUGUCAAACAAUGGAUGAUAAUAAAUUGGAAAAUUUGUACACUGAAGGUGUAAUAAGAUACGCGACGAAAAAGGACUCGAAGGAUGAAAAGCAACCAAUUACCUCUGAUAGUGGAGAUUGUAACUCACCUGUAAAAAAUGAAAAUACAAGAAUAGAUUUUAUUAAAUUAAAUAAAGAACGAAAAGCUGUUGGAAAUAAAGCGAUAUCAACGAUUAAUAAUUCAGUUCCGCCUUCGAGUUAUCGAAAAGGAGUUGUUCCCAAAUACAUUCAAGAAAGAAAAGAGGCGCUGAAAAAAGAGGAGCAGGCAAAAAUUGAGGCAUCAAUUCCUUCAGAUUGCCCGCCGGGACAUAUUCCAAUUCCCGACGAUGAACGAAAGGAAUCUUUACACAUGUUAAAGAAAAGAUACGAAAAGUACGUGACAGAAUUAAAUAAAUUACCGAUAAGAAAUGACACACUACGAGCUCAAAGAAAAAAAAUAGAAAUCGAAAGGGAAUUAAUGAAGCUUGAGGAAGGUAUUAAAGUAUUUUCAAGACCAAAAGUUUUUAUACAAGUUGACGCGUAAAUAAAAAUUGACUCUUAAUAAUUUUUAAGGGACCAAAAAAGUCAACAUAAAAAGUCAAUUGCACAAAACUGUGAAAUGAUGUAGUGAAAACAAAAACUUACAUCAAAAGUUGUUCAAAUUAAUUUAAAUUCUGUAUUUACAAUAACAAUAUUUUAUAAAUAUCUGUUUCACGAAAAAAUUAUCUAGUCUAAUCUGUACAGCAUUCCCAUUAUUGUAUUAAUAACAAUGGUGAAAUAUA